AUGUUAGAGCAGCUUUUGAUCUUUACCCGAGGAGGAUUAAUCCUUUGGACAUGCAAAGAGCUUGGCAAUGCUUUGAAAGGUUCACCCAUCGACACUUUGAUCCGAUCCUGUCUCCUUGAGGAACGAUCUGGUGACGUUUCAUUUAAUCAUGAGGCCUACACCCUCAAGUGGACGUUUCACAAUGACCUUGGGCUUGUCUUCGUCGCUGUUUAUCAGCGGAUUCUCCACUUGCUUUAUGUGGAUGAUUUGCUUUCUAUGGUCAAGCAAAGCUUCUCUGAGAUCUAUGAUCCUAAGCGGAUGGCUUAUGAUGACUUCGAUGAGACUUUUAGGCAGCUUAGGAAGGAAGCUGAAGCUCGGGCUGAGGAAUUGAGGAAGACUAAGCAAGUGGGGAAGCCUGUGACCAGUGUUAAGAAGCAAGGGCAGGUCUUGAAAGCUGGGCUUGAAGGAGGGAACAAAAGGAUUGGUGAAGCUGCUUCCAAGAAAGACGAUGGAGAUGGUAAUAAAGCCAAAGUCAGUAACUUGACUAAUGGUCAUUCCAAGGAGAAUCAGCAAUUGGAAAAUGAUUCUCAGGAGACUGAUCUUGCUAACGGGAAAGAAAACACGAGUUCUAAUGUUGCUGUUGAUUUAAGCAAACUUCAGAAACUAAGAAGUAAAGGAGUAAGAGGUAGAGGUGUAAGGAAAGCUGACAGUAUAGGUAAUAAGAGUUCCAAGCUUGCUGCUGCGGAACCAGCCAAAAAGGCGACAAAGAAAAACAGGGUUUGGGAUGAUGCGGCUCCCAAACAAUCGAGACUGGACUUCACAGAUUCAGUCGAUGAAAAUGGGAACAACGAUCAUGUCGAUGUUGUGGCUGCUGACCAAGGAGAAAGUAUGAUGGACAAGGAAGAGGUUUUCAGCAGUGAUAGUGAAAGUGAUGAUGAUGAGGAACCAGGAAGUGAUGAGAAGCCUGCUGAGGCAAAGAAAAAAGGAUGGUUUUCUUCCGUUUUUCAGAGUAUUACUGGGAAGGCGAAUCUUGAAAAGACAGACCUUGGACCGGCGUUGAAAGCAUUGAAGGAACGUCUCAUGACCAAGAAUGUGGCUGAAGAGAUUGCUGAGAAGCUUUGUGAAUCAGUGGAAGCUAGUCUUGAAGGAAAGAAGUUGUCAUCGUUCACUAGGAUCUCUUCAACUGUUCAGGCAGCGAUGGAGGAUGCUCUGGUUCGUAUAUUGACUCCAAGACGUUCCAUUGACAUAUUGAGAGAUGUCAAUGCUGCCAAAGAACAGAGGAGACCUUAUGUGGUUGUGUUUGUUGGAGUCAAUGGUGUUGGGAAAUCCACCAAUCUGGCCAAAGUGGCGUAUUGGCUUCAGCAGCAUAAGGUCAGUGUAAUGAUGGCUGCUUGUGACACAUUCCGUGCUGGAGCUGUUGAGCAGUUAAGGACUCAUGCUCGCAGGUUACAGAUACCGAUAUAUGAAAAGGGCUAUGCAAAGGAUCCAGCAGCAGUUGCUAAAGAAGCCAUAAAGGUAGCAACUGACAAUGGAUCCGAUGUUGUUCUUGUUGACACAGCUGGUCGGAUGCAGGAUAAUGAACCUUUGAUGAGAGCACUCUCAAAUCUCAUUAACGGUAAUCAGCCAGACUUGGUCUUGUUUGUUGGUGAAGCCCUUGUUGGAAACGAUGCAGUAGACCAGCUCUCAAAGUUUAAUCAGAAACUUUCGGAUCUCUCCACUUCUGGGAAUCCAAGACUGAUAGAUGGAAUCUUACUGACGAAGUUCGAUACCAUUGAUGACAAGGUUGGAGCAGCUUUAUCGAUGGUUUACAUAUCAGGAUCACCGGUUAUGUUCGUGGGUUGUGGCCAGUCUUACACUGACCUGAAGAAGCUUAAUGUCAAAGCCAUAGUGAAGACACUUCUCAAGUGAUCUCCUCUUCAUCAUCAUCAUCACCACCAUCAUUCACUAUCAUUAUCAUCAUUACCAUAAUGAAUCAAUGUCUUAAUCCAUCAUACUGUUGUUUUUUGGUUUUUGAUUUGAAAACGGUUUCUCUUUGGAUAUGAAUGUUGUUGUCUUUCUUAAAACACUCGCAAGACUUUAUUUUCGUUGGAGUCGCAAAAAUUCCCAUCCCAUGACUUUUUUAUAUGAACUAUGUUGCAACU